AUGUUGUCGGUCUCCAACGCCAGCAACCCCUUCGCCUCGGACGCCUCCGACGACUUAUCCUUCCCCAACCCCGCCACGUUGCGCGAGGUCCACAUCACCGACCAUGUCCCCGUCAAGCUCUUCCUCGCCGAGAAGAACCACCACGCCUGGAGGACCUACUUCUACCUCCUCUUCCGCGAGUACAACCUGCACGCCCACAUCGAUGGCUUCGUCGACCUCUUCGCCCGCCGUGACCCCGACUGGCUCGCCAUCGACGCCACCAUCAUCGGCUGGCUCUUCCUCACCAUCUCACCGGACAUCUUCAAGACGGUGGUCCGCGAGGGCGACGACGCGCACACGGUCUGGACGAAGAUCAACGGGCUCUUCACCGACAACAAGCUGCAGAGGAUCGUGUUCCUGCAGCAGGAAUUCUUCGGCACGCUGCAGAACGACCAGACCCUCGACGCCUAUUGCCUGCGCCUCAAGGCGAUCUCCGACGAGCUUCACGACCUCGGCUUCAAGAUCGGCGACGAGAUUCUUCUUUCCACUCUUACUCCAGGGCUCAACGAGGACCUCGGGAACGCCGCCUCCAACCUCACCCUCAUGACCAAACCCACCUUCGAGCGGGCGGUCACAUACCUCAAGCUCGAGGAACGCCGGCUGAAAAACCUCCGCACCCGCGCCAUCCACACCGCCUUCGCCGCCGGCUACCGCGCCCCUGCACCGCCGGCUCCCGCGCCUCCGCAACUGGCGCCGCACCCGUGGACCGCGCCGCCCCUCCUCCCCACGCCGCCCAGCAACCACAACAGCAGCAGGGGCGCAACAACCGCCGUCGUCGCGGUGGUGACCGCAACAACGGGGGUUGGGAAUGGUGGCGCGAACGGCGGCGGGAACGGUGGAGGCAACACCCAGCCCCUGCCACCAUGGAGCGGCGGCUACAACCCAUGGACGGGGGUCAUCCACGCCUACAGCAUGCCAGUGCCGCGCCCGCCCGCCCCCGACAUCUUCGGUCCUCGCCCGCCGACUCACCAGGCGCUCUUUGCCGCGACACCACCCUACGCCUUUGCCUUCACCGCCACGCCGCCGCCCUACGCCCCGGGCUACCACGCCGCGACACCACUCUACGCGCCGCAGCAGCCCGCAUGGGACCCGGCGUUCUUCGUGGCACUGCAGCAGCCGCCCGCGUCUGGCCCUUACGCCGGUGGCGACGCUGGUUUAUGGACACGGGCGCCUCGUCUCAUAUUGCCGCUCACCCGGCUUAUUCAAAAUUUAGUCUAUAUUAAAACUCUUUCUCGUGACAACUCCGUGACUGUUGAAUUUGACGCUUUUGGUUUUUCUGUCAAGGACGCCCGCACCCGGAAGGUCCUCCACUGA